AUGCUGGGACGCUGGCGCGCUGCUAGGUGUGGCUAUCAUGCCGGCGGCAUAAUGUGCAUCCUUCCUUUCCUUCUACGAGAUGCAGCAGGCCUUCAAUUUCCGAUUAGCUUCGAUCUGGAAGACCAAAUGAUCGAAUCAUAUCCUUCAGCUGAGGCCGAACAAGCUGAUACGCUCGUGCAGACUUGA